AUGGCUCCAAUGACUCUACCACCUGGAUUCAGGUUCCACCCUACAGAUGAAGAACUUGUUGCUUACUAUUUAGAAAGAAAAAUAACAGGUAGAAUCAUUGAGCUUGACAUCAUUGCAGAAGUUGAUCUCUACAAAUGUGAACCUUGGGAUUUACCAGAAAAAUCAUUUCUUCCAAGCAAGGACAUGGAAUGGUAUUUUUAUAGUCCAAGAGACAGAAAGUAUCCAAAUGGGUCAAGAACAAAUAGAGCAACAAGAGGUGGUUAUUGGAAAGCAACAGGAAAAGAUAGAGCAGUGAGUUCUCAAAAGAGACAAGUUGGAAUGAAGAAGACACUUGUUUAUUACAAAGGUAGAGCACCUCAUGGAAUUAGAACCAACUGGGUUAUGCAUGAAUAUCGUCUUAAUGAAUCACACCCUGGUGCUUCUCUCUCUUCUUUGAAGGAUUCAUAUUCGUUGUGUCGAAUUUUCAAGAAGACAAUUCAAAUUCCCACAAAAACUAAUGAAGAAGAACAAGCUGAAGAUACAAAGAAGGAAAUAAUGAUGCAAAGGGAAGACUCAAGUGGAAAUGAGAUAAUGGAAAAUAUGGACGAAAAAGUUAUUAAUAAUAAUGAAUAUCCAAAAUUUCCAUGUGACGCUUCAUCUUCUGAUGUCACUCAAGGAACAUGUACACCAACAGAUACAUGCAAUAAUAAUAAUAUAACAGAUGAUUUUCAUGCACAAUUUGCUUGUGAUGAAGCAAAUAGUUCAACUAUUUCUUAUCCUAUUGGAAGCUAUCCUUCAAACUUAUUUCAGGAUAUAGAAAUACCUAUGUAUGGUGGCUUCAAUAAUCAAUUUCCACAAACACCUUUUAUGAUGGAAGAUUUCCCACAAAUGGAGACAAAAUCAAUAUUGAAGACUGAUAUGUGUGAAAACGGCUUUCUUUAUGACAAGUACAUUGACUGUAUGAAUGGAACACUAGAAGAAAUCAUUUCUUUGUGUUCCUCUCAAGAUCAUUCUGUGGCUUUUCCAAUGCUAUAG